AUGAUGGGCGUCGAUACUCUCAGGAAGACCCGUCUCUCCGAACAAGGUCAACUUGAGGAGGUGGGUGCCGGCCACACCUUCUUUUGGAGGGGUCGUCAAAAGGCAGAGCGAUGCGAGUCUGUGGUCGCCUUUGACAUCCAGAUCGACACUUUGAAGCAACUACCCUGUCUGUCGCAUGGCAUCAACGAUCGCUUUAUUACCCCGAGUCUGCCUAUUUGGGGAGCCAAACUCGCCACCACCAUCAGCGCCUACGCACUGCACGCCCUCCCUUCAUCUGCGCGGAAGGCGGACAAAGUGGUUGUUUCUGGCGACUUCAACGCCCGCCUCGGGACAGACCACGCUGAGUGCUGUGUCCCCAUAGUCUCGGCAGCAGUAGAACAAACGGGCUCCUUCUUCUGCGAACCUGCGCGAAACAUCGCCGCCUACUGA